AUGGCCGCUGCCAUCGCGAGUGGGCUGAUCAGGCAGAAGAGGCAGGCACGGGAGCAGCAUCUAGAGCGGCCGGCCACCAACCGACGGAGGAAGAGCCCCAACAAGAACAAGGGUCUCUGCAAUGGGAACCUGGUCGACAUCUUCUCUAAAGUGCGCAUCUUCGGCCUCAGGAAACGGAGACUACGGAGACAAGAUCCCCAGCUCAAGGGUAUAGUGACCAGGUUAUAUUGCAGGCAGGGAUACUACUUGCAAAUGAACCCCGAUGGCUCUCUUGACGGGACCAAAGAUGACAGCAGUAAUUCCUCUUUGUUCAACCUUAUUCCUGUGGGCCUCCGAGUCGUCGCCAUCCAGUCCGUGAAGACCGGUUUAUACAUCGCCAUGAACGGGGAGGGCCAUCUGUACACAUCAGAACUCUUUACAGCAGAGUGCAAGUUCAAAGAGUCGGUGUUUGAGAACUACUAUGUGAUCUACUCGUCCAUGUUGUACAGACAACAGGAGUCGGGGAGAGCUUGGUUCCUAGGGCUCAAUAAAGACGGCCAAGCCAUGAAGGGCAACCGGGUGAAAAAAACCAAACCAGCUGCUCACUUCCUGCCCAAGCCAUUAGAAGUCGCCAUGUACAGAGAGCCAUCGUUGCACGACGUUGGAGAGACGGCGCCCAAGGCGGCGGCGCCCCCCAGUAAAAGCACAAGUGAGCCAGCGGUGAUGAACGGAGGUAAACCCGUGAGCAAGCCCGACAAGCCUGCCACAUAG